AAUGAGAGCAAAAUGCCCAACCUUACCUCCACCUCUGAAUUUCUGCUGCUGGAAUUUUCAGACAUCCGAGAACUACAGAUCUUACACUUCUUUGUGUUCCUUACAGUAUACUUGACUGCAGUGACUGGCAACAUUCUCAUCAUCAUUGCUGUAGCCCUCAACCAUCAUCUGCAUAUCCCCAUGUACUUUUUCCUAAUGAAUUUGGCCGUUCUGGAUCUUGGCUCAAUUUCUGUCAUGGUACCCAAAGCUAUGGCCAACUCCCUCAUGAACAGCAGGUCAAUUUCUUAUUCAGGAUGUGUAGCUCAAGUGUUCUUUUAUUUUUUAUUUGAAACAUCAAAUUUUGCUAUCCUAACAGUAAUGGCAUAUGAUCGGUAUAUCGCUAUAUGCAAUCCAUUGCAAUAUGAGAAAAUUAUGCAUAAAGGAGCCUGCCUUCAGAUGGCCAUAAGUGCAUGGGUUACCGGUACAGUUUAUUCCACUAUACACACUAGUGGCACUUUUGCCAUCACCUUCUGUUCCAACAUGAUUAAUCAAUUCUUCUGUGAAGUUCCACAGUUAUUAAAACUCUCCUGUUCAGACUUGUAUCUAGUUGAAGCGGGACUUCUUAUAUUUAGCUGCAUCAUAACUGGAGGAUGUUUUAUCUACAUCAUUAUAACUUACAUACAUAUAUUUGCAACAGUACUCAGAAUGCCUUCUGUGCAUGGUCGGAAAAAAGCCCUCUCCACUUGCAUUCCCCACCUCAUUGUGGUGUCCCUGCUUAUAUUUAGUGGACUCUUUGCCUAUGGAAAGCCUCCCGGUAACACUUCUUCAGAGCUGAAUGUGAUUUGUGCAGUGAUUUAUGCUGUAUUACCUCCACUGCUGAACCCAUUCAUCUAUAGCAUGAGGAACAAAGAAAUCAAGAUUGCAUUGUUAAAGCUCACUGAUUUGGGUCAUUUUUUUUCCAAAACUGGCUCCUGCAAAAUUCUUCUACUAAAAUUCGGUUGA